GUUGGGAUACUUUAAAGUGUAAGAGAGUCUCAUUAGUUAGUGCAAAUUAAAGCAAGUUCAAAAUAAAGAAUGCCAUGUUCAAGAAAAAAAGCACUUGUUAAGCUCAUCUUCUACAAUGUCACAACCAUUGCAAAGUUCUUCUUUCUCUUCUUCUAUCUCUUCUCUCUUUUUGUUGCUAAGAUCUUCACUUUCUUCUUCAGCAGAACCGAAGAUGAGUACGAGUACGAAGAUGAGAUGUUAUAUGAAGACGACGAGGACGAAGAAGAAACAACAACAGAGGUGGAAGACGAAGAAGAAAAUGAACAAGUACAUGAUGAGUAUAUACGAUAUUCAUAUGUGGGCGAAGAAGAUCAUAUUGUUGCUCAUGUAGUAAAUGACGGCGACGCCUUAGUUUUCGUUCCGAAAGAAAACUUGCAUGAUCAUAGUAACUCCGAUGAGAGUGUAUUAGUAUUUCAAGAUCCUGUUGAAGAUUUUAAGGAAGAACAAGCGUACUGUUUUGAGAGCUCGUCUAUUAGCUCUUCAGAAAAUAAUGAUGAUAUUAUUGUUGAGAACAAUGCUUAUGAGGUUGAAAAUGAAGAUUAUGCAUUAAGAUACGACGAAUCCAAUUAUAUGAAUGAUCAAAUCUCUGAGUUGAGAGAAGAAGAUGAGAACAACAACAACAACAACAAAAACGACGAAAUCUAUGAGGAGAUGCGUCGAAAAUCUCCAAUUUAUAAUAAAAGUCAUGGAGAAAAGAGUGAAGAGAAAAUUGAAGAAGUAAAAAAGGAAGACGCGAAAUUCACAAGGGAUGAUAAAUUUCUAAUAUUUGCCCCUCCAAAAUCCGAGUCAAAAAAAUUGAUCGUAGACAUGGAAAAAGAGAAAGAGAAGAUGUUCGAGGACACGUACACGAUUGGAUCAACCUCUAAGAGUUCCUCCGAAUGGAGAAGUUCAGUAAGGGAUUCGUGUACAGAUGAUCCUUUCUCUUCUUCGUCUAGAAGGAGCUGCCCUAAAUGGGAGUCUUAUGCCGUGUAUCAAAAAUAUGAUGAGGAAAUGAUGUUUCUCGAUAGAAUUAGCGCACAAAAGCUUCAUGAAACUGAAUCAUUGAAGUCAUUUCAAGUGGAACCAAGAUCAAUUUCCCAAAGAAUUGUACACAAACUUGGUAACAAGAAGAAGCCAAGUUCAGGCGACGAAAUCUACAAGAACAACCCUUAUAAUGAACUAGAGGUUGCAUAUGUUGCUCAAAUAUGUUUAACGUGGGAGGCGCUUAACUGGAACUAUGUAACCUUCAAGCGAAAGCUCGUGUUGAAAACCGAUUUAGUAGACCCUGGUUGCCCUGCUUAUAUUGCACAGCAAUUCCAGCAAUUUCAAGUACUUCUUCAAAGGUACAAUGAAAAUGAGCCUUAUCAACGCGGUAAAAGGCCUGAAAUUUACGCGCGAAUGAGAGGCCAUGCUCCUAAAUUGCUUCAAGUACCUGAAUAUCACGAUUAUGAAGGAGACGAAAAGGAAUUAAAUGGAGGAAGAAUAGCAUCAACAUUGUUCCUUGAGAUACUAGAAGAUUCAAUUCAAACAUUUAUGAACUUUCUUAAAGCAGAUAGAGAGAAUCAUUGCCAAGUUAUCACUUCAUUUUUUAAAGUACGUCCAAGAGGAUCAAUCGAUCCUACCGUUCUCAAAGUGUUCAAAAAAUGCAACAAAAAGAAGAAGUUGAAGCUGAAUGAAUUACAACGUUCGUGUAUAUGCUUCAAAAAGAGGAAUUUAACAAGGGAGGAAGAAAUGGAGAUUUUGAUGAGUUUAAUCGAUUUAAAAGUGGUGUCAAGAGUUUUAAGGAUGGCAGAAAUAACACAAGAACAAUUACAUUGGUGUGAAGAUAAGAUGGGCAAAAUAAGAAUUUUUGAAGGGAAGAAAUUACAAAGAGAUUCCUCCCCUCUUUUCUUUCCUGCUCAUUGACCCAAUUUUAAUAAAAUAACAUGCUUUUGCUUUGGUGACUAGACUUUACAUCUUCAAUGAGUAUAUGAAUAUCCCUUUGGAAGUC